GAGAGGAGUGUCUCGGUGUCAUGGGCGGCAAGAACAAAAAGCACAAGGCCGGGAGCGGCGCCGCGGGGGCGGGGACCGUCCAUCCCGCCGCAGUCGCCGCAGCCCGGGCCAAAGUGGUCGGCUCCUCUGCGAGCGAGUCCGGAGCCGCCGGGGAAGCGGCCAGCAAGAGACCUCCGCCGGCCCGCCCAAGCCCCGCCGGCAAGGACCCGCGCCUUAAGCAAGGUCCAAAAACCUACAGCUUUGGUUCUGCAGCUGACUCCAGUGCUUCCGCAAAUGCAGAUAAAUCUAUUCUGAAGGUAGUGAUUAACAAUAACCUGGAAAAAAGAAUCAUUGGUGUCAUCAAUGAGCAUAAGAAACAAAGUGGUGAAAAGGGAAUGAUUUCUAGAAGACUUACUGCUAAAAAAUUACAGGAUGUAUACAUGGCUUUGCAAGGAUUUUCUUUUAAGACAGAAGAUAUUGAAGAAGCCAUGAAAAAUACUAUUUUGUAUGGUGGUGAUCUACACUCUGCACUUGACUGGCUGUGCUUAAACCUGUCAGAUGAUGCAUUGCCUGAAGGGUUCAGUCAGCAGUUUGGCGAAGAACAGCAAAAAACGAGAGCAAAAUUUUAUUCUCCUUUGCCACAGUGUGAAACUCCCCAGGUGCCAAACAAUAAAAAGAAGGAAGAUGACUGUGAAAAAAAGGUAAAUGCAGGAAAACCAAAAGAUAUCAGCAUGAAGGAAUGGAUUUUACAGUAUGCAGAGCAACAGAGCGAUGACGAGAAUACUGAGUCUGUGAAAAAUUCAGAUGAAGAAAAAUUUGACCCGAAUGAAAGAUAUUUACAUUUGGCUGGGAAACUUGUGGAAGCAAAAGAACAAGCAAGUUCUUCCAAGCAAGACAAAAACAAGCAAGGACAGAAGGUGGCACAAGAAAAAAUAAGGCGCAUCCAGCAAGAAAUGGAGGCACUGGAAGAACAUCCCGUGUUCAAUCCUGCUAUAAAAGUCACAAACCCACCAAGUGAAAAGAAAAAGCCUCCUGUACCUCUUGAAACGGAAGGUGCUUUGAAUCUGAAAAUGCUUGAGAAACCUCAGGCUCCUCCUGAAGAACAAAAAGUGAAAAAAAGAGAACCUCAGGACGUCAGGAAUUUUGAUUAUACUGCUCGAAGCUGGACUGGGAAAUCUCCAAAACAGUUUUUGAUUGAUUGGUGCAGAAAACAUUAUCCCAAAUGCCCAAACCCUUCUUUUGAAAAAGUUCCAGCAGGGAGAUACUGGAGGUGCAGGGUAAGAGUUACCAAGUCAGCUGAUGAUACGAUGGCAGUGUGUCCAACAAUCCUUACAGAGGAUAGCAUGCAGGCUCAACAUCUGGCAGCUACAUUAGCACUUUAUAAUUUAACGAAAGGACAGUCAGUCCAUCAGUUACUUCCUCCUACUUACAGAGUUGUUUGGUUAGAAUGGAGUGAUACCGAAAAGAAAAAGGAAGAAGAAAACAAGAUGGAAACCAACAAGCCCCGUGACCAAUUUAUUGCUAAACUGUUAAACAAGCUGAAACAGCAACAGACCCAGCAGCAGUUGGAAAGCAAGCCCAAAGUAUCAGAAGAUGCCGAGGAUUCUUGGGAAAACUUAGUUUCUGAAGAGGACUUCAGCGGGCUCUCUAUUGAGAGCCCAGUUACAGAUGACUUGGGACCUGCGAGGGCCCUCUUUAAAAAAAUGCAGAGUUCUCCUAAGUACCAGAGGCUCUUAAAGGAGAGAGAGCAGUUACCUGUGUUUAAGUACCGACAUUCCCUUAUAGAAACUCUUAAAAAGCACCGAGUUGUGGUUGUGGCUGGUGAGACGGGCAGUGGCAAAAGUACCCAAGUUCCGCAUUUUUUGCUAGAGGACUUGCUGCAUAAUGAGCAAAAUCUGAAUAAAUGCAAUAUUGUUUGCACCCAACCUCGAAGGAUCUCAGCAGUGAGUCUGGCAACUCGAGUAUGUGAAGAACUGGGCUGUGAAAGCGGACCUGGCGGAAGAAAUUCCUUGUGCGGCUAUCAAAUCCGCAUGGAAUCCCGGACAGGCGAGGCCACUAGGCUGCUUUACUGUACUACGGGAGUUCUUCUUCGGAAGCUGCAAGAAGAUCUCCUCCUUUCUAAUGUGUCUCACGUUAUAGUAGAUGAGGUUCAUGAAAGAAGUGUUCAAUCAGAUUUCUUGCUAAUUAUCCUGAAGGAGAUCUUGCACAAGCGGUCAGAUCUGCAUCUUAUUUUGAUGAGUGCCACUGUAGACAGUGAGAAGUUCUCCAGCUAUUUCACUCAUUGUCCCAUCCUAAGAAUUUCAGGAAGGAGUUAUCCUGUAGAGGUUUUCCAUGUUGAAGAUGUGAUAGAGGAAACUGGUUUUGUUCUGGAGAAAGAUUCUGAAUAUUGUCAGAAAUUUUUGGAAGAAGAGGAGGAAAUAACAAUAAAUGUUACUAACAAAGGAGGAGGAAUUUCAAAGUACCAGGAAUGUGUCCCAGUCCAGGCUUCACCAAGUCUUGAUUUAGGCCCUUAUUACCAAGAAUACAGCACUAGAACUCGGCAAGCCAUCUUCUAUAUGAAUCCCCAUAAAAUCAACUUUGAUCUUGUCUUGGAGUUACUUGCAUUUUUAGACAGAACUCCCCAGUUCAAAAAUGUAGAAGGAGCUGUCUUGAUUUUUCUACCAGGCCUUGCUCAUAUCCAACAAUUGUAUGACCUAAUUUCAACUGACAGAAGAUUUGAUCUAAGGCACAGACACCAGUUAAUAGCACUGCAUUCUGUUCUGUCUACUCAAGAUCAAGCAGCUGCAUUUACACUGCCCCCUUUUGGUGUUAGAAAGAUUGUUUUGGCCACCAAUAUUGCUGAGACAGGUAUUACUAUACCUGAUGUUGUUUUUGUAAUCGACACAGGGAGAACAAAAGAAAACAGGUACCAUGAAAGCAGUCAGAUGAGCUCUUUGGAGGAGACUUUUGUCAGUAAAGCUAGUGCACUACAACGUCAAGGGAGAGCCGGGCGUGUCAGGGAUGGAUUCUGCUUUCGCAUGUAUACCAGAGACAGAUUUGAAAGUUUCCUAGAAUACUCUGUUCCAGAAAUAUUACGGGUGCCCUUGGAAGAACUGUGCCUUCAUAUCAUGAAAUGUAACCUUGGUUCUCCUGAAGACUUCCUCUCCAAGGCCUUAGAUCCACCUCAACCUCAAGUAGUUGGGAAUGCCAUGAACCUUCUACGGAAGAUUGGGGCUUGUGAAUUAAGUGAGCCCAAACUGACCCCUUUAGGCCAACAUCUUGCAUCGUUGCCAGUCAAUGUAAAGAUUGGUAAAAUGCUUAUAUUUGGUGCUAUUUUUGGCUGCUUGGAUCCAGUGGCCACUCUUGCUGCUGUAAUGACAGAAAAAUCUCCAUUUACUACACCGAUUGGAAGAAAAGAUGAGGCAGACCUUGCAAAAUCUUCUCUGGCAUUGGCAAACUCAGACCACUUGACAAUUUACAAGGCAUAUCUAGGAUGGAAGAAAGCCCGUCAUGAAGGAGGGUAUCGUGCUGAAAUAACUUAUUGCAGGAGAAACUUCCUCAAUAGGACUUCACUAUUAACUCUGGAGGAUGUAAAACAAGAGCUCAUCAGGGUGGUCCGGGCAGCAGGCUUUGCAGCCCCGUCGUGUGCUCAUGAUGGAGCACACUCUCUGUCACUGCAAGAAAUGGUCCUCCUGAAAGCUGUGCUGACUGCAGGACUGUAUGACAAUGUAGGGAAGAUAAUGUUCACCAAGUCUGUGGAUAUUACAGAGAAGUUGGCAUGCAUGACAGAGACUGCUCAGGGGAAAGCACAAGUGCACCCUUCUUCCGUGAACAGGGAUCUGCAGACCUACGGGUGGUUGCUAUAUCAAGAAAAGAUUAGGUAUGCCAAGGUGUACUUGAAAGAGACUACUUUAAUUUCCCCCUUUCCAGUCUUACUGUUUGGUGGAGAUAUUGAAGUCUUGCAUCGUGAACGCCUUUUGUCUGUAGAUGGCUGGAUCCAUUUUCAGGCCCCUGUAAAAAUUGCAGUCAUCUUCAAACAACUGAGAACACUCAUCGAGUCUGUUUUAAAACAAAAACUUGAAAACCCUAAAAUGUCACUUGAAGAUGAUAAGAUUUUGAACAUCAUCAAAGAACUGAUCAAAACAGAAAAUACUAACUGAAGCAAGAAUUUGACUAUGACUGCAGAGCCACAGUAACUGAAAGAAGAGAAGUACACUUAAAUAAAGAACAUACUUGUUUUAAAAGGGUUUAAUGCCAAACAUCAUGUGGAACCUGUUUGAACUUUGCAUAAAAGUACAUUUUCUAUGUCAUUCUGUGAAUAAUAGGAAAGCAUUGCAAAAUUGACAAUAAAUGUGGGUGCCCCUUGUUCAAAUGUUCUUAAAUAAUGGCAGCAACUCAAAUGGUUUUAAUAUAAAAAUGAUGAAUCCGUACUUCCUUAGUUUCUGCUUUAAGCAUAUCUUGAUGAUAUUUUCAAGAGCAGAAUUUGAAUCUAUGGACUAGGUUAAAGUUUUCUUUGGGAAGGUACAACGGAAGAGCAGGAUUCUUGUUUUACUUGCCAAAAGGUGUGCAUUAAAUAAUUAUUAACUGGAUUUUAAACUACAUCAUGGUAAUUUUAAGCAAUACAUUUUAAGAAAUUGCAGCUCUUCAGAUAUUACUCAUAUGAUAAGUUUGAGAGAACAAAUUGCAGCUCAGCAUUGGCAAAAGAUGCUAACCUUGGAGCCCCAUUAAUAUUUUGGAACCAUCCUCUUUUAUAUUGAAAUUCUACACCCAAACUGAGUAUUUACCAAACUUGUAUGAAAAAUAUUAAAUGUCUUUUUAAACUAUUUAGGGUGCAAUCCUAUGUGUUCAGUGGGUGAUUUUACCCAUCUAGCAGCCAGGUUCACAGGAGGAAGGGAGGAAGGAGGCUGGAGUAUCCAUAGGAAACAUCGUAUGACCAUCUGCUGAGGUCUCUUCCUCUCCCUGCCCCUUUUCCCAUCUCCAUGCUCCAUUUCCAAUCAUGGGGACAUAGCCAGAACUGUGCAGGGAAUGCAGUUUCUGUGCUCUGAGUUGGAGCACAGAAACUGAACAAUCCUAUGUCUCCCCACAUAGGAUUGCUCCCUUAAGUAUUGCAUUUCAGGAAAUUAAAAUUAUUUUCUUCUUUAGAGGGAAAAAUGCAAAGGAAGAAAAGCCUAAAUCUUGGAGGAAUUUUCUUCAUCUUGAUUCUUCCUCAUUCUAAGCAUACAUGUGUCUCCCUCUAUGUCUCCCCUCCUCCUUUUAAAUGUGGAACUGGCAAGGACUGUGUACAAUCAUCAGAUGCCAGCUUUGAAAACUGUAAUCAAGCCAAAUAAAGGUCUUGCACUCAAAUUCUGCCGGGUUUUAAAAAAUUAUUCUGAUACAGACAGCAUAACUAAAUAAAAUAAUGGAAAGCAUAAAUAGUAUUUCUGACCAAUAUCGAAAUACAGGAAUGUUCCUACUAAAAUCUCCCCUAAAUCUAACACUAUGACCACUAAUCCAGCUUUUGACCAUGUGAACAAGCCCAUAGAUGGAUCUAAGGAUUACAUUGUUCUUUGUCUCUGGCUGUGAACUGAAUGACACAUUGGAAGUUUGUCAAUAAAAA